AUGGUUACUUUUAGUAAAGGGGUUCGAGAUGAGAAGAGGGGUGAAUUAGCGGACAAAUUUGGGGUUAGAGAGGUGGAUGUUCAUGAUCUCUAUCUAGGCCUUCCUACUGUUGUCGGGAGAUCGAAAAAGGUGAUCACGAGGGGUGUGAAAGAAAAGUUGUGGAAGAAAAUGCAGGGUUGGAAAGGGAUGGUACUAUCUGAGGUGGGUAUGGAGGUUAUGAUAAAGGCAGUGGCCCAAUAUCUCCCUAGUUAUGCGAAGAGUGUGUUUAAGUUUCCAUCCUCUUUUUGUGAUGAGAUGAGAUCGGUUGUGGAUCAGUUUUGGUGGGGCAAAAACAAGGUGAACGCAAAAUUCAUUGGCUUGCUUGGAAGAAGUUGUGCCGCUCGAAGAAGGAUGGAGGAUAGGAUCCUAAGUAUUCCUAUAAGAGGUCGAUUGCCCAUUGAUCGGCUUUGUUGGGAUAUUGAGAAAAAUGGUGAGUAUUCGGUGAAGUCGGCUUACAGAGCAUUGUUUGAUGAUGAUUGGAAGAGUGAGGAAGAGGCCUCGUCACCUGGUCAUUCAUUGUAG